AUGGGAAUGAACAAGUUAAAGCUGAUGCAAUACGAAUUGGAAACUAUAAGGAUGGGCAUUAGCAAUAUAUGUGUAAACUUGUCUGUUAUUUGUCAUGCAGAUUUUGAAUCAGUGGUCCUCGUGAAGAUGCUACUCAAAUUGGUUAUGAUGCAGAAAGUGAAUGGGAAGGAAGUUCAAAUACAAAUUACUGGAUUCAUGGAAAAAAACACUGGUAAGUUCAUGAAAGAACUCUGGACACUUCUUCUCAGCGCACAGAAAAAUGCCAGUGGUGUUCCUCAGCAGUUCUUGGAUGCUAAAGAAGAAGAACUCAUGAAAAAGAAGGCUGAAAAUGAUAGAAUAUCAACUGAAAUUCAGAGGAAGAGAGAUAAGGAAAGCAAAGAGAUCAUGGAGGAAAGGCUGAAGAAACUGGAUGGAGGAUUAGAUGCAAAGGAAAAUGAUACUGCUUCAGAUCCAACUUUGAAGCUCAGGGACUUGGAGAACUAUGUUCAGGAUGGGAAAGAAACUGACAAGAGGAAUGAUGUUAGAGUAAGGAACAGGUCCUCACAUUCACCUGUAAUUUCCAACUCGCCUUAUCGGCUACCUUCAAGGGAAAACAGUAAAUCAUUUUCAAAUUCCCGAAGUUAUUCAAGGAGUAUAUCCAGAUCACCGAAGGCCCGCGGAGGUUCAGUUUCUUCUGAAAGGAUACAACGUUUUUCACGACGCCAGUUUAAUCUUUUGUAA